GCGGACGAGCGUUUUGCAAUUGGUGCCCUAAAACGCUGUCAGCUAACAUGUGAAACAAUAGACGUGGAGAAUGGCAUCAAAGAACCGGAGUUAAGUUGGUUUUGGCCGGAGCGCGAAUCAAAUUUAAGUGAAGAAGCUAAUGAAGCCCCAGAAGAUAUUGCAAUAGCCGACGAUAUUAGCGACGAAGAAGAAUUCACGCCGAUAGAGAAACUUGAAAUGUUGACUAGUUAUCUGCGCACUUCCUAUAAGUUUUGCUUUUGGUGUGGAGUCCAUUACAAAGAUCAAGAGGAUAUGAGUACCAAUUGCCCAGGAGAAGCACGCGAUGAUCAUUAACGAGCAACUUUUUGAAACAAAGUCAAUAAGUUUAUUUAGCUUAGGUAUUAAUAAACUUUACUCACAAUAAAAUAUAAAAACUUA